GUUUGCUUCGGGAGCGGGUCUCAGCUGGAGCCGCAGGCCGGAGCCUCCUUGUCUCUCCUCUGGCCCAGUGGUGGCGGGGACACGAGCUGCUGGGGCCCGCGCCCAGCGCCCGCCAGUCAUGGUGGGUCACCUGCAUCUGCAGGCCAUGGGGGACACGCGGGAGCAGAGCCGCGACGGCUUGCUGGACAGUCCCGACUCAGGACUGCCCCCCAGUCCCAGUCCUAGCCCUCCCUUCUAUGCCCUGUCGCCGGGCACCUUGGACACCCGUGCCACCACUGAAGUUCCAGCGGCCACUUCCCUCUUCCCAAAUCCCCCAGCCCUGGAGAUGAGGUCCCGGCUGCUGCCUGUGUUCUUCGGGGAGAGCAUCGAGGUGGACCCAGAACCCGCACACGAAAUCCGCUGCAACUCCGAGGUCACCUACGCCUCAGAGAGAUACUUCCGCGACAAGAUCUUCUACGCUCCGGUGCCCACGGUCACAGCCUACAGCGAGACCAUAGUGGCGGCGCCCAACUGUACUUGGAGGAGCUACCGCAGUCAGCUGACCCUGGAGCCUCGCCCUCGGGCCCUGCGCUUCGGAAGCACUGCCAUCAUCUUCCCCAAACUGGCCCGCAGCUCCUUCCGCACCACGCUGCACUGUAGCCUCGGCCAGCCGCGACACUGGUACUCCUCCAGCCUGCAGCUGCGACGGUGCGGGGAUCCCGCACCCAGUUCUGGCUGCCCCGAUGUACUCUGAGGCGCCCAGUGGCAGAGGAGGAGCCGAGUGUGGGAGGGAGUCAGGAAAGAGGGUCAGGCGACCCCACAGGUUAGGCUGGCUGUGCCCGAGCCUAGAGGAUUCUGUGAAUGAAUCUUUCAUUAGUCUUUACAGACUUGAUGGCCUUAGGGGCAGGGCCCAGCAUGUCCUGGUGUGCCCUCGAGGCAAAGACAGCCCUAUGUACCACAGGACACAGGGCACUCAGCCAUGGUCUGGUUCCCAGCGUCAUUCUUGGAGAGGCUUGUUUCAAAAUAGGCCACUCCGAAGUGCUCUCCCCGGUUGAGAACCGCAGGUAUGGAGGCUGAACUAGCUUACCUUGAACGGAGAUGGGGCUACCCAGAACACAUCCGUUGUCUGCUGUGCAGGGCACGUGUCCCCACAAGACACAUUCCAGACUAGCUUAGAACUCUUGAGCCUCAAAGCUUUCGGGCAGGUGCCCAGGGAGGCUUCAAAGCUAAUGACGGGACAUCGCCAAUAACUGCCUAUGGCUGACUCUGGACGAGCCUACGGCAGGGCUCAGAACCCCAAGAGAAACUGCCUGCUUUUUCUUGGUUUCCCGUUCUUGCCUAGGAUGGAUCCUACAGCUAUACCAGUUUUCGGCUCUUGCCCACAACCUGGUGCUGUCCCUUGGUGCCCAGGUUAAAAUGAGUCCCCGAGUCCACUUAGAGGUGGAGACAUCCCUUCGCCUCAACUGGAAACCUGCCUACUGCCUCUGUGGUGGCCCAGAGGGAAGGGACACACUUUGUGGGGCAAAGAGAACCUAAAUGGACUGAUUUCUGUCAAUCUAGUAGCUUACCUGAAGUGCCCCCUGGUUGAAGAACAGCUUAAGAAAUUAGUGAGUCAUCGUAAUAAACUGUACACACACA